UGUGCCUGUGUUAUUAUGAUAAAAUAUUAAUAUAAUAUUUAAAAAAUGUCAGUUUCUUUAUUUAAACAAAUUAGUACAAAUUUCAAUUCAAGUCUCAAUGUAGUAUGUGUAAAUUUAGUUCGAACCCUUUGGAAAUAUGUUGAAAAACCAAAACCUGGUGUAAAUGGCAAAAGUUACCGAAGGAUUGUACAUUAUCCUGAAAAAUAUACUGUGAAGCCUUUAGAUGUAACUAAUUUAGCUGGAAGAGAUCCUGUCACAGGGCGUGUUGUGGCAAAAGGUAUAGGAGGAGGAAUUAAACAGAAAUAUCAUUGGAUUGAUUGGAUACGAGUAGGCCCUAAAGAAGGACCACCACAAAUUGAGAAAGUUAUACAGAUUAUGGAAGAUGGUUGUCGAACAGCUAAUAUAGCAUUAGUUGCUGUUGGUGACCGAUUAAAAUAUAUUUUAGCAACUGAGAAUAUGAAAGCUGGAGAUUUAAUUAAGACUUCAUGCCAUAUUCCUAGGAUACCAGUUCGAGCAAACGAAGGCGAUGCUUAUCCUCUGGGUGCUUUACCCGUUGGCACAAUUGUUCACUGUGUUGAAAAAUAUCCUGGCACAGGUGGAUGUUUAAUUCACGCGGCUGGUACUUUUGGAACCAUUCUUAGAAAAGUCGGAGAUAAUGUUAUUGUUCAGGUUCCAUCGAAGAGAGAAUUCUCUUUGCCACAAACUUGCAUGGCUACAGUAGGCAGGUUGUCGAACAUCGAACACGGAAGGACUCCGAUCGGGUCCGCCCAGCGGAACAGGUGGCUCGGCAACCGGCCCCGUUCCGGUCUCUGGCAGAGGAAGACCGGCAGGCACGGACGGAAGUUAAGGGCGCUUCCGCCGGUCAGGACUUUUGGGCAGGAACAGUCGAAGCCGCUGCAGAAGGUGCAUCUGACUAUGUACGUUUGAGGAAGGAAUAGAUAGAUAGAGAGGAUAAUGUUGUUAAUGGAUAAGUGUAUUUAUAGAAAAU